CUUUUUUUCUGUGUUCUUGGUAAACUGAAACAAAUCAUUGAAAAAGAUGAAAGGGAUGAAACUCUUGCUGAAAUGAAUUCUAUUUUCAAUUUGGAGAUCUAUGAGAAAGAUGCUUGGCCAAAGAGAAUUUGCACUUGUUGUAAAGAGAAAGCUAAGAGCUGUAUAGAUUUCAUUCAAAAUAUUAAAGACGGAGAAAGGAAGUUAUUGGAGCUCUUUGGAGAAAAAUUUCAGGAUCAAAAGAAGGAAAUAAUCUUUUCGGAGGACCUCACGAAAGUUGAACUAAAACAAGAAGUUUUGGUACAUGCUGUUAAGCUAUCAUCUGGAGAUGAAGGUGAGGAUGUUCUUGUUACAGAUAAAAGUGAUAGAACUUCAUCUGAAUGGAGACCGUAUUCUUUGGAAGAAAGUGAAACAGAUACUACUGAUAAAAUAGAUUUUCAACAAAAUACAAAAAAUGUGAAGAAAAAAUGCGGAAGAAAGAGGGAGCUUUCAAAACAGGUGUCUGACAAUGAGAAUAAAAGAACCAUCAAAAUGGAGAAUGAGAGUGUGGUGAAGAAAUACCUUGGUUUCAAAUGUGAGAUUUGCACACACCAAGCCAAAAGUUACUUUGCCCUGAAGUACCAUUUUCGCGAUACACACGGAAUAAAGGGCUACCUAAUUUGUUGUGAAACGAAAUUCACACAUUUGGGUAUUCUUGCUGGUCAUUUGAAGAAACAUUUUGAUCCAGAAUGUUUUAAAUGCUCAAAAUGUUGUAAAGUCCUGAGUAAUCAAAAAUCCCUAAUGACUCAUAUCCAGGAUUGUAUGAAGGAUCCAAAAACUUACGCUUAUAUAUGCGAAGUAUGUUCAAAGGCUCAUCCUAGCAGUCGAGCUCUUUACUGUCAUCGAAGAAAGAUGCAUUCCACGGAAGCAGAUAAAACUCACAGAUGCUCAGAGUGCUCCAAAAGUUAUCUUACUCCAUCAGAACUAAAAUAUCACUAUUUAUACUCCCACGACACUAAGAAACACAGCGUGUGUGAUAUUUGCGGCAAAGGUUUUCGGACAAAAUGGCAAGCAAAAACGCACUUGAAGAUCGCUCAUCUCAACAAAGGCUUACCGAAAGUUAAAUGUGACCGAUGUGGGGGUUAUUAUACGAGUGAUUUUACCUUAAAGCAACAUCAGAGACGUUGUCAAGCAGAUCCUGUAACAUGCAAUUAUUGUGAAAAGACGUACUGCAAUGAGGUUGCAUUGAAAAAGCAUAUUAAAUACUAGUUAACCCGAGCCCCCAAUCACGUGUGAGCAAACUCCAUUUUAAGCUAUAAAAAAGGGGGGCGUAUAUUAAUAGGGGGGAUGAAUAAUACGGUACCCCGAGAAAUUCUAAAAAUAAAAAAAUCCCGUUAUCUGACCCUUCAGCAGGUAGAAAAUGGGAAAAAAUCAAUUUUUCUGGGGGGCGCUUUAAAGGGGGGUUGGGGCGGAAUCCCAUAUAGCGCUUGCAACUCGUAUUGACCCCCUCUACCCCCAUACCAAAUUUCAUCAAGAUCGGCCCAGCCGUUUAGGAGGAGUUCAUGUGCCACAGACAAACAAACAUUUCAGCUUUAUAUAUUAAGAUGCCCACGAUCGGAAUGGAAAGAAAACAUUUCCAUGCGACAUGUGCUCUAAAACAUUCUCUACAAAACGCCUUCUCAUUGAUCAUACAGCAAAACACUCCAAUAUCCCUAAACAUAAAUGUACUUACUGUGAGAUGCAAUUUUACACAUUAUCUGCAAAGUAUGCUCAUCAGCGGGUUCACCAUCCCAUUGAAAAUGCAGCAGCCAAGAUUAGAAAGCCAUAAAAAAAAACCUUUCAUUGCUUAAACAUUGUUAAUUAAAAAAUCUAUUUACAUAAAAAUAAACCUAAUUCUUCCCU